AUGGCUGCUGAGGUCGCUCGUCGCUCUGCUAGGCCCCCUCCGCUCCCCGACUUCAAGUUCAACCCAGGUGCCGGCCUACCAAGCGAGAGAAGUCCAAGUCCGACUCAUCCUGUUCUUCAAGAGAUGGUUCUCAAUCAGCAGCGUGCUGUUCGUUCUGCUAAACCUGCGCCUCUGCCUGCAUUCACCUUUGCUCCAAACUCAACAUCGUCACAGGCAUCUCCCAGUCCAACGAAACCAAGCUUCGCUGAUGUCCAACAACCACCUCGAGGUGGUCAUCGAAGAGGUGGAAGUGAGUUUGUGGGCGGUGGUGGAACUGAUGGGCCCCAAUUGGUCAACACGAGCCCUGAGAAGCCCGAGUAUCGUCCGCACCCACCGAUAUCUGGAGCAAGGGGACAUGCCCACCGUCGUUCCCAAGCUGUGUCGGUCUCCGACAUUGAUACAUCCGAGUUGAUCAAGGCGAAUGCUGUGGCAAAGGCGCGCGCUGGUUCGACACCAACCACUCCAUCCGACGGCGCACAGGUAUUCCCGUUCUCUCGUGCUAGCCCGCUGACCCGGCAAUCAAUGUCAAGUGUUGUGAAGACGCCUCCUUCAUCUCCUCGACGUAGGGGUAGUGUCCCUGGAGUCCGCCCUCGUGUCGGCUUUUCCGACCAUGUCGACGUCAUACCCAGACCGUUAUCCAUGAUUUCCUCCGAGACUGAAGGUAGCAACUCAACUAUUCGGGGAGGACAUUCUUUAUCCGGCAGCAUCAAUUCAAUCGCGAGUCCAAUCCCGCGUCCAACGUUCGUUGUCAGCCCGUCACACGAUUCGAUGAUUUCGCCAGAGAGACCACAAACAGCAGACGCACUUUCUACACUGUCUCCCGGAAUGGCGUCGGACAAGACCAAGACUUUGUCUGUGAUCAAUCUACCAAAACGCCCUCUAUCCGCUUCGGGAUCACCUGGAACUCUAAGCGCUUGCAGUCCUCCUAACAAGAAGAAAUAUUUCUGGUUUAACCAUUCCGGCAGUAGCUCACCAUCAACCACUCUCAAAGUUGAGCGAGGAGACCCUAUGGAUGUGUUUGUGUCUCCGACUUCCGCUUUGCAGGGCUCAAGGACUGGACUCAGGCCCCGGACUUCAUCAGGCGGAUCUAUCACGAAGAAGCGGAAAUAUCAUACCUGGACGUCUGGAAUUUUCUCCAGAAAGUCAGAAAAGCGAUCUAGCAAGACCAAGCAACAACACCAUCCAAUGCCACCUCCUUUAACAAGAACUCCCAGUGAUCGGCUAAAUGAGAUUUUUGACGCGGAUGAUACGGUCGUGAUUCGCAAUCCCUCGCCUGUCGCAACCAGGGUUCGAGCUGCUGCAGCAAACCUUGCCUCAUUGAAACACUGGCCGUCGGGUCAAUCCGAAGACCAAAUCCCCAGUCCGUCCAUUGACCUGGACGCUGCUUUGGGCCCUUUCGGAAGCGAGGAGAAGUUCGGACAAGAUGGCAAUGCCAAACAAGCUUCAAGGCUGGCAAAACUUCAUAGCAGCGAACGGAGGGGCACAAUGGAUGCUUUUGGUACAAUCCAUAGGAGAACUGAGUCAGCACCAAUUAUGCCCGCUGUCAAUCGCAACAUCUUCGGCUUACACCAUUAUGGGAGCAAUGCUUCCCUUUCUGAAGAUGUCUUCGACGAAGAGGAAGAAGACAAUUUUCUGGCUGAAGAGAAUGCAGCACAGAUCACCCCUAUCGAUGGUCGAAGUCAGGCCGAAUCUACAGUCUCCCUUCCCUCGGGAUCUCCCAAAGCGAAAGCUGCAGAUGGCCUUGGUCUGUUCAUCCAUGAGGAGUCCGGCAAUGGUGUCAUUAUUGUCGAUUCGGAAGACGACAUUGCUCGGGUGGAUGCGAGGUCCUCCAACUCGACAAUCGAGGCCCCGAUAUUCCAGCAUUUCGAACCUCGAAAGCGACCCAUGUCUUCACCUAUGGCUUUCACAUAUCCGGCACCUCAGUCACUUUACGCUUCCUCCACAGACGGACGCACAACCUCAGCUUCAAUGAUGUCCUCACCUGAUGCGGAUCAUAUCUCUUUCGAUACGCUCUCCCGGCCGUCUAGAUUCCUAGGAGAACCAAGCCCUGACAUGAUUCUGCGCGCAUCCAACGACGAUCUACCGUCCUUAAGUGACAGCAUUUCCAGCGGUGCCGUGCCACGAUUCUCCAGCAGUGCGGGUACAAGAUCUUCUGUCGAACAACGGUCGGCAUCCAUGAUUGACCCAUCUACUUCCAGAUCGAACAAUCAGCAAGCAUGGAAACGUUCGAGCUUGGCCAGUCUCAACCGCCUCAUCCCUGGGUCCUCCCAUGGCAGCAAACUCAAGUUCGAAAGCGUUCUAGACAACGCUGCCACGGACGAAAAGAACAGAAAGAAAACGAACAGACUAAGCAAACUCAUGCUUUUCUGGCGUUUGAAAGAGAAGGCAGAGAAAUGA